AGCGAUUUCACCGUUGUGCCAAAAUCAGAGUCAAAACUAAGGCCAUGAUUGCAGUGCGCAGACGUGAGCGGUCUUCUUCAAAAAUAACAACGGUAACUCAGUCGUACGCGUCUUACGGGAAGGUUAGUCGAACUGGAAGGAAGAAGCCAUACGAUUCACAUAGCAACCGCAGUGCGCGACCGCGCUCUCUGCCAGUCAGGGUUAAAUCUGUUGGUGGUAAGCACGGCCGAGUGGCGGCGCUCAUAUCUGCGACCACACGGCCAGCAGUUCAAGAUGGCAGGCAUCGUGUGGUUAAGGUGGUAAGGACUAUGGCUGACAAUAACACAAGGAAACGUGGUUUGCAGGCAACAGUAUCGUCUUCGAGAGGACGUGGGAUCACCAUUUCGGAAGGAGUUCGUUACCAGUCACUACCUCAACAGCUUCAAACGGCAACAGAUAAUGCCACAACAAGUGGCAAUAGUAGGACCACAACACCAAAGACAAGAAACAAAACGAAACGAAAGACACCACGACAUAGUGAAACCUGUAGAAGUGUAGAAACUGUUGCGCACCAUACAUUAAGUGAUAUUGUUGAUAGUGACAUCACUAGUAUAAGUACACGGCCGGCAGCGGAAGGAAGCAGUCACAGUGACCACGAAGAAACCGUAGAUGCAGACCCAGAAACAGAGGAACUCGCAAAGCUCAGAUGCCCGAGUGAAAGGACCGAAGUUAUUGCUGAGAGGGAAACACAAAGACGGAGGAGAUGUGCCGACUAUCCCGGAUUCGCCUUCGGGUGUUCGAUAUUUGCUUCCGAUACGCUUAUGAAAUUCAGCAUCAUCCGAAACGAACUUCAGAACAUUAAAAACUCACAGCUUAAAAGGGCUGAGAGUGAAGUUGCUGCCCUGAACCGUCGCAUCCAGCUGUUGGAAGAAGACCUGGAGAGGUCUGAGGAGAGAUUGGCCACUGCUACAGCAAAACUGGCAGAGGCUUCACAGGCUGCUGACGAGUCUGAGCGGAUACGGAAGGCAUUGGAGAAUCGUACCAAUAUGGAAGAUGAUCGUGUAGCAAUCCUUGAAGCACAACUGUCUCAAGCUAAACUUAUAGCUGAGGAGGCAGAUAAGAAAUAUGAAGAGGUGGCCAGAAAGCUGGUGUUGAUGGAACAGGAUUUGGAGCGAGCUGAGGAACGUGCAGAACAGAGUGACAGUAAGAUUGUGGAGCUUGAAGAGGAGCUUCGUGUUGUUGGCAACAACCUGAAGUCUCUUGAAGUGUCUGAAGAAAAGGCGACCCAGCGGGAAGAAACGUUUGAAGAACAUGUUAAAACACUUACUGGAUCACUGAAAGAGGCUGAGGCUCGUGCUGAGUUCGCUGAGAGAUCAGUGCAGAAGUUGCAGAAGGAGGUUGACAGGCUUGAGGAUGAAUUGGUACACGAGAAGGAGAAGUACAAGUACAUUUGUGACGAUCUUGAUAUGACUUUCACCGAACUUAUUGGCAACUAAACAACCACAACUGGCGUGGGUCUUGUUCAGUUGAAUGCCUGGGUUCACAUAGCAAACAUCAACUUCAUCUAAGGCAGUAACGUACUUCAUCUUUUUCUUGGAAGGUGCUAAUAUUGGUGGAAUGUAAUUAUGGUGUUUAAAAUUCAGUCAUAUUUAUAUAACAUUACUAUGUGGACCCAUCUUGUAGUUUGGUCAUCAAGAAUACAAGAACUGUAAAAAUUUAAAUAAACAUAUUAUUUACUAUAUUAGAAGUUUUAUUUGGUUGGUAUAAUUUUUCCUCUGUUAAUUAUGAUCUAUGUUUAUGUUAAUUUGUCUUAUUUCUUAAUUUGGGAUUAUUUAUGGUUUUUAUUAAAACAAUGUAUAAAAUAUUAAAGAAAGAAAAUUGAUAUGUGAAGUA